GGGGAAGGGGAGAGAAUGGGCGGGAAACUUUCUGUUCUUUCCAUUGGCUGCGAGAGCAGUCAUUCGUGUAGCCCCGCCUUCCGACGACUGUUUUGCUGCUAUUAUUGGCCACUGGUCACGUCACUCUCCCAUUCCUCCCUCCCACGCCGAGCCCCCUCGGCCUCACUUCCCUCGCCCCUGCGUGCCGUGUGCAAAGGAAAAACAGCCGUUAAACGGGCCGCGGGGCGGGGCCAGCUAGCCGAGGAGGCAAGAAGCGAUGGCGGGAUUGGUCAGAGCGGGAGGUUCAAACUAGCAUGGGGCGGCCUGAUUGGCUUGGAGCGGCCGCGGCAGGCCAGGCUCCCUCCUCGCGCUCAGGCGGUUUAUUGUCUCGCGGCUCCUGAGGCGGCUCCAACGCGGCGGAAUCGGGACCGGACCUCACACGGCAGCGGCGAAACCAUGGCUGGUGGCAAGGCUGGAAAGGACAGUGGAAAGGCCAAGGCGAAGGCAGUUUCUCGCUCACAAAGAGCAGGACUGCAGUUCCCAGUGGGUCGUAUCCACAGACACUUGAAGACUCGCACUACGAGUCAUGGGCGAGUUGGUGCUACUGCUGCAGUGUACAGUGCUGCAAUUCUUGAGUAUCUCACUGCUGAGGUGCUGGAGUUGGCAGGUAAUGCCUCCAAGGAUCUCAAAGUAAAGCGUAUCACUCCUCGUCACUUGCAGCUUGCUAUUCGUGGGGAUGAAGAGUUGGAUUCCCUUAUUAAAGCUACCAUUGCUGGUGGAGGUGUAAUCCCUCACAUCCAUAAGUCUCUGAUUGGAAAGAAGGGACAGCAGAAAACUGCAUAGAGAGGAGUUUUAACCAACCCUCUUCCUCCCUGUCAUUGUACUGUAACUGGGACAGAAGAAAUAUGGGGAUAUGUGGAAUUUUUUAAGAAAUAGUUAAAUGGAAGAGCAUAGACAAUUGACUGUAGACAUGAGAAAACAUUUGUAUGUUCUUUAGAUUCAAAGUUUGACAAAAAGUAUCUUGUCAUGUGGCAGCAAUUCGUGUGUUGAUUGGCUAGGUUUCUCCCGUGUGUUUUAUACAAAAAUGGAACUGAUAAACCAUUUUUUACAAAA